UUUCAUCAAAGAAAAAUCAAAUUAAAUUUAUGAUGUCGUCUAACUAUGGCACGACGCAGAAAUGCCACACUUGUGAAAAAGUUGUGCAUGUUGCUGAAAUGGUUUCUGCCGAUGGAGUUCCCUAUCACAAGAAUUGCUUCAAAUGCGACACUUGCAACGGGCGUCUCGCUAUAAGCAACUACUCUACUGUGGAUGGGAAGCUCUAUUGCAAGCCUCACUUUGAACAACUCUUCAGAGAAACAGGCAGCUUAACUACUAGGAAAUUUAACUCAAGCUUAAGUGGCAAAUAUGCAGAACUGGGCAGGAGUCCUAGUAAAUUGUCAUCCAUGUUUUCUGGCACGUUAGACAAAUGUUCAGUUUGUAAAAAAACUGUAUACCCACUUGAGAAGGUGACCGUGGAGGGAGAGUUCUUCCACAAGCAAUGCUUUAGGUGUGCCCAUGGAGGGUGCAACCUAACAAUGUCGUCUUAUGCGGCUCUCGACGGCAUCGUUUACUGCAAGCCUCACUUUGCUCAACUCUUCAAGGAGAAGGGCAGCUACUCACAUCUCACUAAGACUACUUCACUCAAGAAAAACGCACCCCCUGCAGAUCUCGAUUUGCCCGAAAAUGAACCCGAUUCCACGGAAGAACCUGCACCCGAUCAAGAAGAGACAUAGACACACACACGC